GAGCAACAUGAUCAGCACGCCCAAGCCCCUCGCCUUCUCCAUUGAGCGCAUCAUGGCGCGGACGCCAGAGCCCCGCUCCAUCCCCGUCCCGCAGCUCCUCCACGGCUCCGUGGCCAAAGGCGACCCCAAACACCCGCUGCACCUCAACUCCUCCAUCCCCUGCAUGAUCCCUUUUGUCCCGGUGGCGUACGACCCCCUGCCCAAAGCGGCGGUGGCCGGAGCGGAACCCAGGAAGGCUCAUUUAGACUCCUCUUCCUCGCCCUCCUUUAGCUGCGGCGAUCUCUUGAACUGUGCCCUGAGCUUGAAAGGAGAUUUCCCCCGCGAUGCCCUGCCCUUGCAGCAGUACAAACUGCCCAAGGCUUACCUGGCCGAGAGGAACAAGGCUCAGCUGCAGCAUUACAUGAAAGAAAGCGCCCAGAUCCUCUCGGAAAAAAUCGCCUACAAGACCUCGGAGUUCAGCCGCGGAUCCCCGAGCAGCAAGCCCAAAGUUUUCACCUGUGAAGUUUGUGGAAAGGUAUUUAAUGCACAUUAUAACUUAACUCGCCAUAUGCCGGUGCACACGGGAGCCAGACCCUUUGUUUGCAAAGUUUGCGGGAAGGGCUUCAGACAGGCGAGCACGCUUUGCCGGCACAAGAUCAUCCACACCCAGGAAAAGCCACACAAGUGCAACCAGUGCGGCAAAGCCUUUAACCGGAGCUCGACCCUGAACACGCACACGCGAAUACACGCCGGUUACAAACCUUUUGUCUGUGAAUUUUGUGGCAAAGGAUUUCACCAGAAAGGCAAUUACAAAAACCACAAGCUGACUCACAGCGGGGAGAAGCAGUUCAAGUGCAAUAUCUGCAACAAGGCUUUCCACCAGGUGUACAACCUGACCUUCCAC